UGGUCGUGAUUUCCGGUGCCGCUGGCCCCGCCCCCUCUUCCCAAACACGUGGAUCUCUUCCGGGUUCUUCAUCCUUUGUUCCCUGUUCGUCAGCAGCCCAGAAGCGGGAGUGUUGAUAAAGCUGUAAGAGAGCUGCAGCAGCAGCAGUUGAUGAACUCUGGAAAGAAGUCCAGCAGCUUGAGGAACAUCUGGUCAAAGAAACUGGAGGGAAGCAGGAGCUCAAACAGCGGCAGGACGCAGCAGAGGAAGAGACACCAGAUGAUGGAUGAUGUUUUCCAGCCCAGAUUAGUGCUGCCAGCAGAUGUUAAAGAAGAGGCUCCUGAAGAACAGAGUCCUGAUGUGGAUCAGCAGGAGCCAGAGCCCCUCCAGAUAAAGGAGGAACAGGAGGAACUCUGGACCAGUCAGGAAGGAGAGCAGCUCACUGUGAAGGAGGAGACUGAUACCAGGUUUCCAUUAACUGCAGCUCCUAUCAAGAAUGUUAAAGAAGAGGCUCCUGAAGAACAGAGUCCUGAUAUGGACCAGCAGGAGCUGGAGCUCCUCCACAUAAAGGAGGAAAGUGAAAGAAUCUGGGCCAGCCAGGAUGGAGAACAACCGAAUGUGAAGAAGGAGACUGAUGAUACCAGGUUUCCAUUUACUGUUGUUCAUAUGAGGUGUGACGAGGGUGAGGAGAAACCUCUGUUCUCUCAACUUCAUCCAGAGCAAACAGAAGACAGUGAUCUUCCAAGCAGCAGUUCUGCUGACCAGAUAAAAGGAAAAAUGAAGGAAGAGGACUGUGGAACAGCAGAAUCCAGCAGGAACCCAGAUCUAAAUACUGAUGGAGGCUCCUCCAACUAUUCAGAGACUGAAGACCGUAAGGAUGAUGAAGAGGAUGAUGGAGUAAAGCAUCAUGAAUCUGAGCUUAAAUGCUUAUCAGACUCUGAAACUGAAGACAGUGAGGAUGAUUGGAAGGAGAGCAGGACUCCAGGAUCAGGCAGAAACACUGUCCACAAAUCUUUGAGCUGCUCUGAGUGUGGAGGAAAAUUUGCUAACAGACGCUCUCUUCAUAGUCACAUGACAUGUCAUCCAAGAUUAACGUCUUCAGAUUGUUCUGGUAAUGAGACGUGUUUCAGAGAAAAGAAAAACAUAGAUUCACUGACUAAAGUCCAGAAGAGUAGUAAAAACUUUAACUGUGGUGAGUGUGGUAAAAAUUUUAACUUGAAACGAGAUCUAAAAAGACACACAAAAGUCCACACAGGGGGGAAACCCUUUAGUUGUGAUGCAUGUGAAAAAAGAUUUGCAUACAAGUCACAUCUAAACACACACAUGAGAAUCCACACAGGAGACAAACCUUUCAUUUGUGAUGCAUGUGGAACAAGAUUUACCUACAAGUCAAGUUUAGGCAAACACAUCAGAAUCCACACAGGAGAAAAACCCUUUAGUUGUGAUACAUGUGGAAAAAGAUUUGCCUCAAGGUCACAACUAAACAUGCACAUGACAACUCACACAGGAGAUAAACCCUUCGGUUGUGAUACAUGUGGAAAAAGAUUUGCCUCUAAGUCACUAUUAAACAUGCACAUGACAACUCACACAGGAGACACCCCCUUCAGUUGUGAUGCUUGUGGAAAAAGAUUUGCCUACCAGUCACAAUUAAACAGACACUCAAGAACCCACACAGGAGACAAACCAUUUGGUUGUGAUACAUGUGGAAGAAAUUUUGCCUACAAGUCUCAUUUAAACAUACACAUCAGAAUCCACACAGGUGAUAAACCCUUUUGCUGUGAUACUUGUGGGAAAAAAUUUACUGAAAAGUCACGCUUAACCUUACAUAUGAGAAUGCACUCAGGAGACAAACCCUUUGGUUGUGAUGUUUGUGGAAAAACAUUUGCUUUAAAGUCACGCUUAACCUUACACAUGAGAAUGCACCCAGGAGACAAACCCAUUGGUUGUGAUGUUUGUGGAAAAAGAUUUACCUACAGGUCAAAUUUAGACAAACACAUGAAAAUCCACACAGGAGACAAACACAUCAGAAUCCACACAGGAGACAAACCCUUUGCUUGUGAUGCAUGUGAAAAAAGAUUUGCCUACAAGUCACAUUUAAACAUACACAUGAGAGCCCACACAGGAGACAAACUAUUUGGUUGAGAUGCAUGUGAUACACAGAUACAUCUUAAAACUUGUGUACAAUUAUGUAAAAGUGCAAAAAUGUUUUGCCAGUCAUUUCAGAAAGUGAAUUAUUAUUGUAUAUUAUAUAGAAUCAUUACACUUAGAGUGAUAUAUUCAAAGCUUUGGUUUCUUGUAAUUUUGAUGGUUAUGUCGUACAGAUAAAGAAAACCCAAAAUUCAGUGUCUCUAGAAAUUAGAAUAUUACUUUAGAACCAUCAAAAAAGUUGUAGACUGAAUUGUACACAGAUGCUGGUAUGAACCUCUCUGCACCUUUUAAAAGUCAUGUUAACCUACUUCCAGCUCAGUCCAGGAAGAGUCAGAGCUGGAAUCCCCGAACGAAAACUUUAUUCUCACUUCCAUUCGGUCUAAACACACGGAUUUCAAGCGAGAGCCGGACAGGAGAGACACCUCAUGUUAAUGUCUCCUUGCAGGUGAGAGGGCAUAGCUCUUCAAUUUGGAUCCAAAGUGACAACGAUCUGAUGGUCGAAUGCCCACUGAUUGAGUGCACAAAGUUAAGUAUGACCUGCUGCUUAAAAUUAUGUAGCGUUCAUACAAAAAAGGAUGAUUAAGUACAAGUGUGGCUUGACUUUUUUGUAGUAACCUGUGUCCCAGAAAGCUCCCAGCAGAGAUGUUGUCUCUAAUUGAAGUGGUUUUCCCCCCUACCUGAAGGAGGAUGGCGUAGGAGCCGCCAGCAUGGCACACCUUCCUGCGUGCACGUCCAGGUAGCAGAAACGACCCUGCCGCAUUACGGUCACUGAAGUAGCUGCAACGGUCCAUUGUUCUGCCUACUGUGAGGCUGGAUCAGGCUGGACACCUUUGCUUCCCUAAACCCUCACCCCAUGGAACCACUUCUUCAGGACAGGCUCAUGUAAGUGGUGGUGUUUGGGCGGAGAAAAUUAGUUAAGGAGGAAAAAAUCUAAACACUGUUUAGUUCAAGACUUUUGUGUGUGUUUGGUGUUGAGAAAACUCAGCUAUGUAAGUGCUAGCAGACUAUCUGCUCAGUCAAAGUGAACAAGCUCCAAGCCAUUGAUGCUAAUUAUUUGUUCUGUGUUGUGUUUAAAAGUUAAGAUAACCCUCAUUUAAAAUGGUUUUAAACACAUAUCGGUCAUAAUGCGCCGUCGACUCAUUGUAACCUUUUUAUUAAUGGUAUUUUAAAGGUACAUGUUUGACUUUAGGGAAGCUAUAGGUUUAGCUGAAACCGGUAACUGCUAAGGCUAGGUUGGCCAGACGUUUUCCUUGUUGCCAGGUGAGGGCUAGUUAAGAAUUAACUGUCCAGAAAGGUUAUUAGUUUCCAAUCUAGAAAAUAUUAUUUCCCUAAAUAUUAUUUUACUAAAUGUGUUAGCACAUUAAACACCAUUAAGAAUAAUUUUUCCAGAAAGGUUGAUGGUUCCCCUUUAAAAUAAUAUUUAAGAAAAUAUUAUUUUAAUAAUUCAGUAAUAAUAUUUCCUUGGAUAAUAUUAUACUAAUUAGAGACAGCUAUUUAAACAUUGAGAAUUAAUUAUCCAGAAGGUUGGUUUUUAUUCAGCAAAUCAUUCUCUAAAAUAUUUUUUAUUAAAAUAAUGUUUGAUCUGCUCUUCUGAGUUUGCAUUACUCCAAGGUAAACCAAUUGUUCUAAGUUAGUUCUAAGACUUAACCUAAUUUCCAGGUUCUUCAAGAUAAUUCUUGGUUCUCAAACAUAAAUAACAUUGAAUGAUAAUGUUGUGUAACUCUAUCAUUCAUGGUUUUCAUCAUUUUUCUCGAUUCUCUUGUUCCUUCAGUUGUAUAUGAUUCAUUGGCUUGUACUUAUUCUUUCAUUUUGCUCUGUAGUUUCAGUUGAAUUGUUGUAGUAGAUUAAAGAGUUCGUUAAUUGAAAUAUGUUUGACUUUGAGUUGAAUUAGUUUUGUUAAUAAAUACUUGUAUUUUAAGAAAUU